CAACAAGUCCGCUCUCUCUUGCCAAUCGCCCCAAAUGGGCGACUACCAAUCCUUCGACGACAUGCCGUCCUUGGCGCCUCUCCAGAUCACGCCGCAGAUGAUGGCACAGGCGCAGCAGCGGGCGAGUGAGGCGCCGGCGCCGGCGCCGUGGGCACCGCCACCGCAGCAGCAUGUGGUUGCGCCGCCGAUGCCAGCUGACGACGGCGGCGACCAGCUCGACUCUCUGGCGCAGAUGUUUCCCGACUACGACCGCGACGUCCUCGCCUCCAUCCUGGCUACCUGCGGCGGAGGGAUCGAGGAGGCGAUCCAGCAGCUGCUCGAGAUGUCGGGUGGCGGCGGCGGCGGCGGCGGCGGCGGCGGCGGCGGCGGCGGCGAGUACGACUCGGACGAGGCGAUGGCGAUGGCGCUCUUCAAGCAGUUUGCAGACGACCUGGUCCAACAGCUCGGCCGGCCGGUUCCGCCGGAGGUGCGUGACGACCCGGUCAAGUACGAGGCAUUCAUCCGCGAGCAGUUUGAGCGCGAGCUCGGCAACAGCGACUCGCGCCUCGCCAGCCAGGCGCUGGCCAUGUACGAGUCGCAGGGGCCCCGCGGCGGCGGCGGCGGCGGCGGCGGCAAACCGGCGGACAAGGAGGGUUUCCUCGAGCGCAUGCGCAAGAACUUUGAGAGCCGCAGGCAGCACGCCGUCAAGGUGGACGGGGGUGCGCAGCCUUUGCUCCUCGCCGACCACGACGGCAGCAGCUCGAGCGCGCAGGACAGCGUCCAGCACGCGCGGACGUAGGGCUCGCAUUUUCGACCCUGGGGAGGCCGCGCUGCCGGCGGAGCACUGGUGCUGGUGCUGUGGCGUGCUGUCGCCGUGUCGGGAACGUCUCUUCCUGGUCUCUGCCCGCGGGCAUGCCUGAGGCGUGAGGGCGACGCGUCUCGCUGAAGGGCGGGCAAGCAGCAGCAGCCUUGGCGCGCGGUCAGGAGGGGCGUGGCCAUUGGGGAGGGGGGGAGGAGGGGGAUCCGACCCAGGAGCUUGUGGUUGAACUAUUGUGCGCUCGUGGUUCGAAAUGCUAUGUGUUGAUGCCUGUGGAUGGUCUCUCAGGGACGUGGGAGGCGCACCCUUCACCGUGGUGAUUUUAUUAAUAUAUUCCAGAGACUC